UGCAUCGUGGGGUUCCAGGAGGUACUUUCAGAACUAUCCCGAUUCUAUCGAGCCAGAUCGCGUGUUUGGUGAAAUGAUCCCAGUGGUUUAAGACAAGUCUGCGACACGGGCAGCGACAGUUUUGUGAUCGAAAAAAGCAGUGGGCGUUAAAAGCCAAUUAAUUCAAAUCCAUCCAUUAAUAAACUUAACGCGGAGUACCCUUUAAAAGCGUUUCCCCGGAAAAGCGAGCAACGAGGAAAGCGAGUGGGUGGAGCGGGGAAAUGGGCGCCAGCGCCCUGACCAUCCGCCCAAAUCAGCGGCGGCACGGGGGCACGGUGCGGAUGCGUGAUGUACUCGUCCUAGCCUUUGACAACUGAAAAUGGCAAAAGGUAGCUGAGCAGCAGCCAAAGGAGCAGCAGUCCUGGCAAAUCGAUAACCACAACACACAAAGUGCUGAUCAGCCAAUCAAGGCGAGCGCAACUAAGCGAUAUAGGGGUGCACUCGCACUCAAAAAGCGCCCCGAAAAAAGAAACAGAGCCACAAGCCCCAGGAUGCGGAUGCGGAUGCGGAUGUGGAUGCGGAUGCCGCAGGCUGUGCAGCUGCUGUUUGCGAUGGGCUUGUGGGCGAUGCAAGGUCACGCGCAGUUGGAUUCACAGCCAGAGGCUGCCGUUGGAACAGUCGUUGGUGCAGCAGCAGCAGGAGCAGGAGCUGUAGGAGCAGCGGGUCCUGGAUCCCCUACGCCACGGAACCGCAUCAAGGCGGAAGCCGAUGCCCUGAUGACGGGCGACAGCUUCAACAUUCGCCACGGGCGCUCUCGGUCGCAUUUCCUCCAUGCCAGCACAAACAACAGUGGCAGCAGCAUUGGGAGUGGCGUUGGUGGUGGGGGUGCUGGUGGUGGUGGUGGUGGCAUUGGGACCACCCGCCUGCUCCUGAUCCCGCCCACACAGCUGCCGGGUGUGGGCGGGACCUCCCCGGCUCCCGUCACGCACAAAAUCCGCAAAUUGCACAAGAAGAAAAUCAACGAGAGCAUACGCAAAAGUGUGGACAAAAGUCUGGGCCUCCGCCAUCCGCCAAAGAACCACCGCAGCUUGGCCGAGGCCGAGCACCUGCAGGGUCGUCCCACCAGCGAGGAUACCGAGGACACCGAGGACACGGCUCUCAACGAGGUCAUGCAGCUGGCGGAUGAGAUUGAGCUGGAGAGCUCAUUCGUUACGGCGGCCCCAACAGGUGAUCCGGAUAUUGGUGUCAAACAGGCGCGCCAAUUUGUGCGUGAUGAGGCCAAUUACCAGGAGGACGAUGAAGACACUAUCGACGACGAGGAGCUCGAUGAGGAUGAGGCUCCUCCGUCCACCACCACCAAGCCAAAAAUCGCCAGUACCCGCCUGCUACCGGUGAAUGGCACUUGGCAUGGGCGCAUGGGCACCAUAACGCGGGACUCCCCCGCGGAAUCGGAUUACGACGCAAAUGCCCAGGACAACGCGGAUGAGGAGGAGGAAGAGGGUCAGCCAUUUGGCAAGCUGCUGCCGCUCAACGAAAGCCUCAGCACCACCGAGUGGAUGGACGAUGCGGCGCAGCGGGAACCGGAGGCGGAGGCCAGAUCCCAAGCGGCCAGCAUGGAGGUCAAGCAGAUCAGUUUCGACAGCGAUGGCGAUGGCGAUGGCGACUCUGAUUCCGAUUCCGAGGCCGGAAUGGAUACCUCCGAGGUCACCAUGGAUGAUGGCUAUCCGCCGGAUGCGCAAAUCGAUGACAAGACCAAGCAGCUGGUCAUUGGCGAUGUGGAGGAGGACAGCGGCGACAAUAUGGAGUCCAACCAGAUAACCGCCGACGUGAUCAACGCCCGGGACAGCAAGAUCGAUCUGGUGUCCAAGUUCCUGCAGUACAUCGAGCAGCAGCACCUGAUGGGCUCCAACUGCGUGGCUGGCACCUCGCUCAAUCUCGGCGAGGGCGUGGUCGACCGGUAUGCCCAGGACAGGUUCCGGGUGGAGGCCGAGGUGGCCGUCAAUCGCGCCAAUAUGCUGACCAGGAUCUUCAAGACCACCGGCCGCUCCGUGCAGGAGGAUGUCAACCUGCUGCACGCCUCCGUGCUGUCCAUGGUGGAGUUCGACGAUGAUAUAUUCGCGGCCGGAAAUUGCUUCGACUGGAACGAGCAUCCCGCGCAGCCGGGCCUCUUCUGCCCCUUCGCCUACCGGCUGCCGCCACCGAAUCUGGGAGCGGUGUUCGCCAAGGAUCUGGCCAUGGAGUACCACUAUCUGGGCAACACCUCCGAGUGGUUCUUCCUGGCCCGCAAGAAUGCCGAGAAGGUGAUAGCCCGCAACGAGCAGUAUCUCAAGUCCUUUCAUCUCUACUCGAACCGCACGGAGGAGCGCAUCGAGGACGACACGCUGGCCGUGAAAUACGAGGACGGCAGAUGGUCAAAACCGUAUUACGACUGCGGCGGUGGGAACAUUUGGAUGCUCACCUACACGGUGCCGUUCUUUGGGUAUGAGAACGGCACUUACCACUUCAAGGGCACAUCUGGCAUCGAUAUCGACUUGCGCCGCGUGGACAUCGACCAGUGUCCGCAGCGCCACACGCCGGGCACCAAGAGACCGCUGAACAUCUUCGCCGGCACGGACAAGUGCAAGCAGCGCACCACCAUGUGCGAGGCCAUCAUGGGAUUGGGCUUCCGGCGCGGCUCCUACAAAUGUCUGUGCCGCAAGGGAUUCUACUUCCCGGACAUCGUCUCCCAGCACAAGUUCUUCAACGGCAGCCUGCUGGAGGAGGAGUAUGAAAAGCUGAUGCUGGGCAAGAACUCCACGUACAACAGCAACAGCGAGUACGAGUGCCUGCCCUGCGCCGAGGGCUGUGACUCCUGCGAGGACUCCUCGCCCUGCAUCGCCGCCCUCAACUGGCCAAUGCGCACCAGCAUCCUGGCGCUGGCCUGCAUCGUCAUUGGCCUCCUGCCCCCGGCCGCCUGGUUCACCUUUCGCUACCAGCAGGUUAAGGUGGUGAGGGCCGCCAGUCCGGCUUUGUUGCGGGUCAUCGCCUUGGGAGCAUUCUUCAUUUACUGCACGAACAUUGUAAUGUAUCCGAAUCCGAACCUGUACACCUGCACGGCGCGCAUUUGGCUGCGUGAGAUUGGCUUCUCCCUGACCUACGGAGCUCUGAUGCUGAAGACCUGGCGGAUAUCGGUGAUUUUCCGAGUUCGCUCUGCGAAGGCUGUGAAAAUCACGGAUGCCGCCCUGCUCAAGCGACUGGGCAUCAUCUGCGGAGCCAUCGGCACUUGUCUGCUGGUCAGGACGCUCGUCUCACCGCCGGACGUGGUGGUGGGCCGCACCGCCGACGACCUGAAGGCGUUCCUCUGCAAGACCGACUGGUGGGACUACACAUUCACCUCGAUGGAGGUGCUGUUCCUGGCCUGGGGCGUCCGCCUGUGCAUCAUGGUGCGGAAGGCGCCGUCGGAGUUCAACGAGAGCCGUUUCAUAUCGAUGGCCAUCUACAACGAGUUCCUGCUCACCUGCUUCCUCAACGUGUCCAUGCUCUUCCUGCAGUCGCCGGCGAAUCCGGACCUGCUGUACAUCAUCUUCUUCUGCCACACCCAGCUGACGGUGACCCUGCUCCUGGCCCUCAUCUUCGGCAGCAAGGUGUACAUCGUGCUGCGCAGCGGCAAGUCGCACCAGGAGAACAUCGGCAUGGGCACCAAGGCGUCGGGGGCCAAAUUCAAUUUUCGUCCCCAGGUGCGCACCUUCGCCAAUCCCAGCUCGGUGACCACCUCCACGGCCCCGGUGGCGGCCACCACGUCAGCAGAAACCAAGCUGUCCGACCAGGAGGCGCUGGAGGAGAUCCGCCAGCUGAGCAUGCAGCUGCAGCGCAUCCAGGAGAUGGCUCCGCCCAAGGGCGUGGCGGUGAUGACGAUCUCCAGCCUGCUGGACGGCCUGAAGACGCCCGGUGGCCUGAUGGUGGUGGCAGCGGCGGCGGGAGCCACUGCCCAUGGCCACACGGCCGCCAACCGCCAGAGUGCCCUGCCCCUGCUCGCGCUGAACGUGGAGAUGCAGAAGUACAGCCAGCAGAACAACAACUCCAAUGGACGGGGCAGUGGCCGGGCCAGUAUACCCACCAUGGUGCUGGAAACGCCGCCCAGCUCCACGCCCCCUUCGGCGGCCUACGAGGAGCGGGCCGUGAACACGGAGCUCAGUGGCGACGACUUUCGGGAGCAGCUGCUCCGGCGAACGGCCGAUGGCCACAUCAUCUGCAGUCGCUGCCUGGACGCGUCCAAGGAGCACUACUACUGCUGUCCGCCGCGCAGCGCCUGCGACCACAUGGGCUCGCCGAAGGAGGAGGGCAGCCUGAGCUUCGCCAACAUCAAGCUGGAGUGCAUGUGCUCCCAGUCGGAGGACCUUGAUGUGAGCCAGGAUGUGGGCCAGCGCCAGCGGCGGCCCACGGUGCGAACGGCGGCCACCAACACACCGCCGACCAGCUGCAAGCGGGCGCCACGCAAUCUGCUGGAGGCCGAGCUCAGCAUUUCGUAUCAAAUUUGUGAUAACUGUAGAAGUAAGUACAAGCUAACUGGCCGCCGCCGUAGCGGCAGCUACUCCCAGGCCCAGGAGAAUCCCCAGCUGGGCCAGCAGCCCGCCGGCCAGUUGCCCAUCCAAACCCGCAGCACCGAGCUCCUGGACCGCACCACUGCCGCCGAAGCGGAUGAGAAGGAUGAGGCGAGAACCAAGGCGGCCCACUCCACGGACGACAUUGUGCUGUACUCCAGUGCACCCGAGGAGAUCGAUCAGCUGGCCGCGCCGGUGGCGGCACCCUCCCUGGGCAAUGUGUCCAACAACUCGAAUAACUCCACCAGCGGCAGUGGAGGCGCCACCACUCGUCCCAAGCGGCCAGACAAGUUGGUCUUGGAUCUGAACGAUCGGUCCAAGUACACCAAAGAGGUUUCCGUGUAGAGAGAAUGCAGAGCGAAUCCUGGCCAGCAAUGCGGAGCUGUUCGGUGUCAAGAUAUCCAACUUCCAAUCUAAACUCUGUUUCAGACUUACAUAUGUGAGAUGUUGAAGAUGUUGCAGAUGUUGCAGAUGUUGCAGAUGUUGCAGAUGUUGCAGAUGUUGCAGAUGUUGCAGAUUUUGAAGAAGCCGAAAUAAUUAAAUUGUUGGAGGCGUUGUGGAAAUGCAAUUGCUUGGACUUCAAGUUGCCGAACAGCCCGUGCAUUGGCUGGCAGCAAUCGAAAAUGUUUUAUGCUUAGGCCAGUUGAAUUAUCAAAGACUUUACUAAAUUAUAUUUGUACAACUAACUAGAUAACUGGUUGAUUUAGCUAAAUGUAGGCAUAAGUCGGAGCCGUAAACGAUAACGAAAACACGCGAUUUCAGCGAAAGUGAUAGAUUGAUGAAGAGUCAGGCAUUUUGCGUUUUGCAUUGCUAAGCAAAAUGAUUUGCAACUAUAAUGAGCCCCGAAUGUUGUGAAUUUAUUGAAUUUGGCACACACCGCAGACGCGAAAGUCAACAAUGCGAUGGAAUUCGUUGAAAGUCAUGUGUUUUCGAUAGAAUAUUAAUAAAAUUUACAUUUCGUGUGUGUAGAUAAUUAAAUCUAAAUUGCUUACUAAUUGAAUAUCGCAGCGAGUCAUUUCCAAUAAAAAUGAUUUGCACACUCAUAAUGCAUUUGCUGUUAUAUUUAUAAAGCCAUGUUUAAGUGCCGAUCUAUUCAAAAUGGUAGCCCAACCACACACACACACACACACACACACAGUGUUCAUAGUGGCCACUCUGUAAUAUACUCUGUAAUAUGAAAAAUGUGUUGAUGUGAGCUGUACAAUACACAUAUCUCCUCUGAACUCACACACACAAUACCUUCCAAAACUAAUAUAGUGAGUACAUAAUUGUAGCUACAAUUAAGCAGUAAGCAUAAAUUAGAUGUCCCACACCUAGCUACACUAUUAUUAAUACUUUAACAUCGAUUCAAAUCGAAAACCCAAACAUUUGCAAAAUCUGCGUUGUCGCUUGAAAAGGCCGGAACAACAAUUGCAUGUAUUCAAGUACUGUAGUUAAGCGUUGAUGUUAUUGAGUUGGAAAGUAUGUGCAUUAAAUGCGUUUGUUUAAAGCAAUCCAAUAAAUGGCGACUCUACUGAA